UCUCCUUACUGUCAUAUAUUGCACCUAUAAUUUAAACCUGAAAAAAAAAAUUAAUUCGCAUUAAAAUAAUUAAACUAUUUAUUUACUUAUUUAUUUAUUCAUUAAAAAACAAUACUUAUCUUAAUUAAUUAUACAACACGUUUGUAUAUUCCAUUCUGCACAGAUUAUCGUAAACAAAACAAAACUGCUUUACCAACAAAUUCUUUAUUUUGAAAUUUGACACAACUAUAGGUAAUUUCACUUUCUGCAUUAUCGACUCGUGGUACGAGUUACCGAAAAUAUGCUUGAAAUAGUUUGUACAUCACCACGGCGCUAGUAGUACAAGCGCGCACUGGUGGGGACGCUCGAAGUGGUGGGGACACGGGUAUAUAAGCAGGCGCCCGAGACGAGACUGGCACUUCAUGCUCAACUGUGUUACAGAAAUUCAUGUACCAGUAUCUACUGUAUUGACAUAAUGAAGAGAAAACGACAAUUGAGUUUAAAAUCAACAAAUGAAUCUCGUGAAGGACAUUCUACCAGAUUCUUCUACGGUAACUCACAGACACAAAAAUCUGACGAAAAUUUGACAUUUUCUUCAUCGUCAUCAACUCCAAAGACUGAGCAGGCUGAACCUCGAAAAGCAGAGAAGAAAACUUUUCGCUCGAGUGGAAUAUUCAGAUUAAAAUCACCAACUAGAUCUCGCGAAGAAAUGUCUACCAGUUCAAUUGGAAAGACUGAAAAUGUGAAAGCUGGAAUUCCGGAGAAACAAUCUUUUACUUCCAGUGAAAGAUUGAGUUUAAAAUGUUAGUGUUUAACAGAUGUAUUUUAAAAAUAUUUUUAUUUAUAUGUAAAGUUAACAAUUGUAAUUUAUUUGUUUAUUCUCUAUUUUUUCAGCAACAAA